AAGAUCCUGGACUGGAUUUGCCCUUCCGACUUUAACACCGUCCAAGAGGAUACCCUAGAAAAGCGAUGGCCCGGGACUGGCACCUGGCUCUUAGAGAGCGAGGAUUUCCAAGCUUGGUUUUCGAGCCAAAGCACAAGCUUGCUGUGGUGCAACGGUCCACCGGGCGCGGGGAAGUCAGUUCUCAGCAGCAUCGUCGUGGACAAGGUCAGAAAACGCAGAACAGAGAGCAGCACUGACACGGCUAGUGUUGGUCUCGCAUUUGCUUACUUCCGAUACGACAAAGUUGACAGCCAACGACCAGAGAACGUCAUUGCUGCUCUCACCAGGAAGCUGGCGAGCCAGCUCGAAAAGCUGCCGGAAGACGUCGUCGGUCUCUACGAAACUUGUUAUCAAAACGCUCAGAUUCCCAGUCUGGAACAAUAUUCCGAAUCGUUUUUCUCCAUUGCCGGACAGUUCUUAGAGACGUUUGUCGUUAUUGAUGCCCUGGAUGAAUGCAACGAUAAGUCGCGGUAUUUUAUUUUCGCGUUCAUGGAAGAGGUUACCCAAAGGCUGCCUACCGCAAAGAUCUUCCUUACCAGUCGUCCUGAGGAUUCCAUACGCGAGACUUUGAAUACCUUUCAAGUACCGACAACAGCCAUCAAAGCGGCCGGUUCCAAGACGGACAUCGCCACGUACGCGCGUGAAAAGCUAGACCUUCUAACACGGGCACCGCAGUACGGAGAGGGCGCCAGAACGCAACGACUGGAGAUUCAAGGCGCAGCAACCAAAGACAAAAUCCUGGACGCACUCUUGAAGCGCAACGACGGGACGUUCCUCUGGGUCGAGCUACAACUGGAAAGCCUCUGUCGGCAAAAAAGCGACAAAGAGAUUCUCAAAGCGUUGAAAACCCUGCCAAUCGGCCUGAACGAAACAUACGCCCGGCUUCUGCAGCAAGUAGCUGCGCAGCCAACGCCGUUGCGUGAUCUUGCGUGGAGGUGCCUGGUAUGGGUGCUCUAUGCGCGCAAGCAGCUGCGCCUCGACGAAUUCAGAGAUGCUGUUCUGACGCAAGACGGCUGCGUCAGCAGGGAGCAGUUCCAGAACACCAAGGAAAAAUACCCUUUGUCGGCACUAGUGGAUAUUUGUGGAGGCCUGCUCGUA